AUGCAUAUCCCCCUCUCUACCCUCCUCCUCUUACCCCUAACCUCCGCUCUAGUAGUAACCGACCCCGGCAAACUCUUCGCCCGUAAGAAGAACGGCUGGUGCGAUAUCCGCGGAAUAGAUCGUUACAUAAACAACCUUCCAAAAUCCGCAUCUUCCAGCGUAAAAUCAUGGUGUUCCGCACAAACAGUUAUAAACAAUGGGACGGUUAAUUACUUUGCUACUGUUACGGUGACGGACGAUAAUGGCGGGGCGAGGGUUACGAAGACUAGAACUACUAAGACGGAGACGAAGACUUGGACGAGGUAUAGGAGGACUAAGACGGUUACUGUGAAGAGGAGGACUACGAAGACUUCGUCUACAACAUCUACAACCCCUGCCCUUGCAGCCCGUCAAAUAACCACUACCAUAUUCUUCGAUGAAUCCGCCAUAAUCGGUGGAGACCCCAUAAAACGCUCUAAUCAUAACAACAAUAGCAAUGAUAAACAAGACGGGAACGAAAACCAAAACUUCCCAGUCCUAGAUUACUCAAACAAGGGUAUCAACUCCCUUCGCAGCGGCACACCAAGUAACUGGACCAACCUUCCCGAUCGAUUGAUCCAAGUCCUUUGCGGCUGUCUUGAUAGUCCGUGGAAGACCAAGAAUGGUACUUGGACCAAGACGGGCCAUCAUACUAGAACUAAAACUUGGACUAAGACGGGGGCUAAGACUCGCGGCGGUACUACGACGGUUGAUGUUGAUGGGACGACUACUAAGACUGUGGAUUCGUCUGGGGAGGCUACGGUUACUGUUACUGCGGAGUAA